GGGAGAGUACGAUUUCAGGGGGAGGUGGAGGUUUUGUUCGAUUCUCGUAUUUCAUGUAUGUGACAUGUUGUCGUCUCGCCUUAUUUUGGAUAUUUAUGCCUUCUUUUAGAUUGUUUGCGAGUGGCUGUAGAUGUUUUUGAGGUGGUUGUUGAAAUUUUUGAGGUAGCUGUAGUAAGUUUUAGGUGGUUUUAGGUCGUUCCAUGUUUUAGUACUUCCGGGUUACGUCAACCUUCCCCAUUCCCCGUUUCUCUGGGCUAGUUUAGAGUGCAGAUGUUUGAGCUGCACCUGUCCUUCACUACUGCUCUCGUUAGCAUAGUAAGUAAGGCGCAGUAAACGGUUUUCUUCAAUACUUUCAACUAAUUCACAGUCAGGACGAGAAUCGGAGACAGAUUCGGAGUAAAUGUUUUCUAAAAUCUCUCGACGCCCGUCGACAUAUCUCUGUCAUUAGGCGGAAUCCGCAACAGUCGAGAUCACGAUGGCGAGGAGAACAACACAUAGACCUCUUAACGCGGGAUAUCAAUGGAUCUUAAAAGACCUGGAGGAUACUCAAAAUCAGCUACGUAUACUGAAACAAUACUAUUUUAAAGUGAAGGAAAUUCAGCAGCAAACUAACUUGGUUACUCCAGAAGGCAAUCAGGUAUUUGAGGCUGGUGCUGAAAGACGUCUUGCAGACCUUGAGAGGGAGAAAUGUACCAUUUUCAUCACUGGUGAGACCAGUGCUGGUAGGAACAGUCUGAUCAAUCUAUUGCUUGGUGAGCAACUUCUUCCUUCCAAUAUCCAGGAAGAGACUAUGACUACCUGUGAAAUAUCCCAUGGUUCAGAGAAGGAAAUUGUGCUACACUUUUCCAACAAGAGUGAACAUAAACGUAUCCUCAAGGGAGGAAACAUUGAGGACCAAAUCAAAGAGUACAUUCAAAAGUCAACAAAGGAUGAAGAUUGGUGCAAGAAAAUAGAGAUAAUGCUUCCCAACACAUUAUUAGAGGGUGGUAUAGUGAUUGUGAACAGCCCAGGAAUUGGUGAAUCAGAUCAUGUUAAAAGCAUUUUCAUGGACAACCUUUCUCAAGCUAAUGCUUUCAUUUACAUGAUAAACAGUCCACAGGCCGGAGGAUUGCAAGAGGACAUGCUUCGAGUAUUGGAUGAAUGGAAGAAGCUCUACGAAGGAAGAGAAGAACCAGGCAUCACUGCUGAAUCUGCUCUUUUCGUCUGCAACAAGUGGGAUGCAAUGGAAGGAAAAGAUGACAAAACCGAAACAGAGGAGCUCCAAAAGAACAUCAUACGCAGACUAAGGGAAAGAAUUCCCAAACUUGAUGAAGAAUGUCAAGUGGUCAGAAUAUCUAUGAACACAGCAAAAGAGGAGCUAAUGGAGUCAGGCAAGAUGAAUGAUGAUCUGUACACGCUCAUUUGUGCAAUUCAGGACCUUUUACUCCGUGAUGUAAAAAUGAAAGCUACCUUCUUCUAUCUAUGCCUUGAGGUAAGGGAAGAACUUAAUGAGUUACUGCAAGAGCUUGAGAAAGGCUCUCACAUCCAUGAAAUUGACGAUGCUAUUCAUUUCCACGAGGAAGAACUGUGCAGAAAGCUUACGUCUUACUUGAGAUCUGAAGAAGUUCAGAAAAAAUUUUGCGAUUGGUCCGAAAAGGACUUGCCUGUUAUUGGUCAUCGUCAUAGUUCCCGAAGGAUCAAAUCCGAACUUGGUAAAUGCAUAGAUCGAAGAUUACAUUCUUUGCUUAAAAGCGUGGAAAAUAAAGAAAAACAUUUCGCGAAAGCUCGUGCAGACCUGGAGAAAAAACGUCUCCAAUAUUUCUCUGAUCUUCAAAAGGGCAUUUGUGACAUUGACCGUGUUCUUGACUCAGAGGAUCAGUCUGUUCCCUUUGAAUUGCACUCUGGAAGGAUGUGUUUGCCUUUAUACGCAAGAAUGAAAAAGAUGAUUGUGGCAGCUGGUGUAGUUUUUAUGCCAGUGUUGAUUCCUGUUGGUUUAGCUGCAGGAGCUCUCUUUGCACCCGCUUUCGGUUAUAUGGCCGUCGCAAAGUAUCUCAAGGAACAUCAGCUCAGGGAAGAUCCUUGUAAAGCUUUAAAAGAACUUUCCCCACAGUUUCUAAAGUCUUUCAUUAAAGAAAGUCUACGGGAUCAUGUCCAAAGAGAACUAGCUAACGAAAAAAAUCAAAUUUCCCAAAUAAAGAGAUGCCAUUCAGCGAUCAUCAGUAAAUACGAUCAGCAAUGUGAGGCUUUCAGGAGGAUAGCAGAUGAAUCAGGAAAUGAAGAAGCCCUGGAAGAGAAGGCCCUGGAAGAGAGGGCCAUGGUCGACCUGUCUUGGGAACUGCGGAUUAUGAGGGACAACCUUUUGUUUGACGCCAUCCAAAACGGAGUACCAAUCAUGUACCCGUCUGGCCAAAUCGAUGGCAAAAAGCUUUCUUGCAAUAUGGAAGAAGUGCUAGGAAUAGGAAGCUCAGCCAAAGUCUUCAAGGGAACACUAAAAGGACAGAGUGUUGCUGUAAAAAGGCUACAACAAGAGCUUCAUCCACAUAGUGUUGCUCGGUUUCUUGAAGAAGCAGGAAUAUUAAGCUUGGAUAUCGUCCUUGAGUUGUGCGCCUCAAGUCUGAAGGAUCAAAUCUUCAACGAAAAAAGAAACACUCCUUGGAUGACGGAGGAUGCUGCAGUUAAAAUACUUCGAUGUACCGUGUAUAUCUUACUGGGGCUGGAAUUUCUUCACAAUCUUGGCAUUGUUCAUCGGGAUAUUAAGCUGUCCAACAUGCUGAUCUCAAAAGACAGAGUCAUCAAAAUUGCAGACUUCGGUUGGGCGAAGUCUGAAAGCUUGAUCACGGGUACCCAAUGCGGGACCUUGCGUUACAUGGCGCCGGAAGUAAGAGAACGCAUCCCGUACGGCUCAAAAGUGGACAUGUACAGCUUUGGCAUCAUGAUGUGGGAAAUGUGGUACGGUAAAGAAAUAUUUACCGACCUUAUUGAGAACGGUGAAGAAAUCCCUCCUCCGACAGAGGUCAAAGGUUAUCUAUCUAGAUGCCCCGUAGGAGACGGCAGCUUCGCUCCUCCAGCAGAGUGGACCAAUCUUAUGAUAUCUUGCUGCAAUCCUGAUCCAGACCAGAGACCAACAGCGACAGAAUGUAAAGAGUUACUGGUGAAAAUUACUCGAAAAUACGAAAAGUAAGAAAAUCAGAGAAUUGCAGUCAUAUUUUGCUCCUACCUUUACACUUGAAAUCAGUUGUUACAAAAAUUAAUUUAAAAAUAACAUUUGUUUAAAGGCAACCAUUCUAUACAAAUGUAAUUACACUUUUACUGUUUACAGAGAGCUUUUUUGAACACUCAUAGGCUUGCAUAUGUUAGUGUUAUUUAAAUGAAAGUUACCUAUCCUCGGCUAUGACUACUAGGUAAAAUUUAUGUUAUAGAGGUUAUUCUAAUUAGAAGGUACCAAGGAGAAACUCUUUGCAUCCUUUUAUGCCGCCAAGUUGUGACUAGCACUCAUUACCCGUCAUUCAGAUGAGCAAUUUUCCUCUAUUUCAAUCUGUCUUAAGAUUGAUCCCUGAAUUAAACUCGACACACAGUGGAUAUUAGAAAGGAAAAAUCGACCAGCUCCCACUUAAUAAAGGAUCCGCGUGUCCUUAAUUAGCUGAAAUCAAUUUGGCUAUUAUUGCGUCGCCUGUCAUAACCUUUUCGUUAACUAAUGAGUUAUUAUUGCAGAAUAUUAGGUAAUUGUUAGCUCCCUUGAUCAUUGUGAGGUUUGGCGAAAGUAUUAAUUGCUUCCACGACUAUGUGUAGGCUACUUUGUUUAUACUGACCCACUCGCUUUUACGUCAACGCUAAACAGUUUGAUCAACAGGAUGGUAUUUUAAACUGAAAUGGGGGGGCCUAGCCAGUUUCGGCGUACAGUUGUUAAAAGGAAUGGUGUUGUAUCGAGUUCGAUUUUCUUCUUUGCCUUCAGAAGGAGGAGAGGGGACCAAAAGCAGAGAAAAUGAAGUAUUGUAAAUCUAUUUUUUAGAUUUUUCGAGUGAAUAGCUUUAGUUUUCUGUGAUCUUUUUCAGAUUAAGUAUUUCAAUUUUAAAUAAGUUUCUUAGAAUGAGGUGUUUUAAACAGAUUUCAUUAUUCUAAUUUUCAUUAAUUAAACGAGGAAUAGGACUCUAAACACAUUGAUCUAUACU